GCGGGGUAAGCUCACCGGCGCCACCUUAAUAAAAAAAAGCAGCCGCACAGACCUGUCAAUCAACAAGCAACCCAGACAGACAUCAGCCCCCAGUGGCUGGCUGUGAGCUGUAAGAGAGUAGCGUCAUAGUUGGCCGAGAGCCCCACCGUCUGGAAUGAAACGGGCGCAGCGAUUGGCUCGACUUUUUUUUGCCCUAGACAACUCACUCUCUCUCCCCCUUUUGUUAUUGCAAGCAAACUGGAGAAGAGCCGAGGGAGCAGCAGGAUGAACGAAGGGAGCGAGAGAGGGCGAUAGACUGAUAGACUGAUAACAGUCUAGACAGACAGCUCCACAGAGAGAGGGGUAAAAGGGGAAAUACAUUUGGAAUACUGCUUCAGAUCUCCCUCUACUUAUUUGUCCAGUUCUCCUGUUGAUUUGGAGAUGUCAGUGAACCCCCCCAACAGCAACGAUGCCUGCCUGAGCAUCGUGCACAGCCUCAUGUGCCACCGACAGGGCGGUGAGAACGAAGGCUUUGCCAAGCGUGCCAUAGAGAGCCUGGUAAAGAAGCUGAAGGAGAAGAAGGAUGAGCUGGACUCGCUCAUCACCGCCAUCACCACCAACGGAGUUCACCCCAGCAAGUGUGUCACCAUCCAGAGGACGCUUGAUGGACGCCUGCAGGUAGCUGGGAGGAAAGGGUUCCCCCAUGUGAUCUACGCUAGGCUCUGGCGCUGGCCAGACCUCCACAAGAAUGAACUGAAGCACGUCAAGUUCUGCCAGUUCGCCUUUGACCUCAAGUAUGACAAUGUGUGUGUCAACCCCUACCACUACGAGCGAGUGGUAUCGCCAGGCAUUGUUGGUCUCAGCAUUCAAAAUGCAGGUGAGGAGGAAAACACUAUUUUCAGCAUCAUCAAACAUCAUCAAAAUGGUCCUCCAGGUCGGCUGAUCAAAGAGGAGUACAUCCAUGACUGUUUUGAGAUGGACCUCCCCUCCAGGAUGCCCCCCCAGCCCGAGCGCUACAACCAGCCCCUUCCCCCUCUGCAGAUGCCCCCCGAGCCGCCCCGCGCCCCAUCCUCUGUCAACCUCUACCCCAGCAUGCCCCUCUCUCCGCCAGUGAGCAGUUCCAUGAUGGGGCCCAUGUCUGGGGGCCACGGCGAGGGCCUGCUUCAGAUCGCCUCUCCCCAGAGCCAGGGCAUGCCCCAGACGCCGCCACCCACCACCCCCACACACGGACCACCCCCCCAGCCCCCUACCCCUCACAGCCAGAGUGACUACAGCAGCAGCUCCAAACACACACAGACACAGAGCUCUUAUCACACGACCUGGACAGGCACCAGCACGGCCUCCUAUACCCCUGUAGGAGCCCAGCAGAAUGGGUGUGGCCACCAGCAACCACCACUGCACCACCCCAACCACUUCUGGUCUCAGCAACAUCACAGCGCACCUGCCUUUCCUCAGCCAGUCUCCAACCAUCCAGGUCCAGAGUUCUGGUGCUCCAUCUCCUACUUUGAGAUGGACAUCCAGGUUGGGGAGAUGUUCAAGGUCCUGGCUAACUGCCCCGUGGUGACAGUGGACGGAUAUGUGGACCCCUCGGGGGGCGACCGCUUCUGUCUGGGCCAACUCAGCAAUGUGCACCGCACCGACGCUAGCGAGAGAGCCAGGUUGCACAUUGGGAAGGGGGUGCAGUUAGAGUGUCGUGGUGAGGGGGAUGUGUGGAUGCGUUGCCUUAGCGACCAUGCAGUGUUCGUACAGAGCUACUACCUGGACCGGGAGGCGGGGCGAGCCCCGGGAGAUGCAGUUCACAAGAUCUACCCUGGGGCCUACAUGAAGGUGUUUGACCUGCGUCAGUGCCACAGGCAGAUGCAGCAGCAGGCAGCCACGGCCCAGGCUGCAGCAGCAGCACAGGCUGCAGCAGUGGCAGGCAACAUCCCAGGGCCUGGCAGUGUGGGGGGAAUCGCCCCGGCAGUCAGUCUGUCGGCGGCAGCCGGGAUAGGUGUGGACGACCUGCGGCGGUUGUGUAUCCUGCGGCUUAGCUUUGUGAAGGGCUGGGGGCCCGACUACCCCCGGCAGAGCAUCAAGCACACCCCCUGCUGGGUGGAGGUCCACCUGCACCGCGCCCUGCAGCUGCUGGAUGAGGUGCUGCACACCAUGCCUCUGGCUGACCUAGGAGGACACGGACAUGUCAACUAAGCAGUGUGUGUGUGUGGGUGUGUGUGAGAGAGAGGUGGCGGUGUCUCAGUUGCUUGGUUUGGAUGAUAACUGCCCUUCAUGAACACUACAGUACGUUUUGGAUUGGAUACCUUUUUCCCCACCACCUGAAACAAAGACUGUAGGCUUUAAUAGAAACUUCUAUCGAACUUCUAUCGAAAAGGUAUUUUCAUGCUUUUAUAUAUUUUCCUUGAAUCGCCUGAUUUUCCUGAAGCAGUUUAGACUGCAAAAUGUACUUGCUCAACAGACAAUAUUUUCACAGAGACUGGAACUUGCACUAAAGGCAUCAAUGUUUUCUAGUAGUGGUAGAGACUGUAAGGGAUGGACUGUGUCACAACAAUGGAAACUGGCCUCGUACCUCCAAUGACCUGGUAACCUGCCUGGAUAAAACACUUUGGGAAUUUUUCAGAAAGUCAGAAUGAUAGCACAUGUGCCUCAGUGGAUUCUCACUUAAGCAGUGUUGGAAUGAUGCCUUGAUUACAGGGCAGCAGACUCAGACAGGUAUAUUGCAUUUGGAGAAUGCUGCUGUCCUUUAACUGCCUUCAGUAGGGUCUGUUUGUUCUUCAGGGAGAAAUUGAAAUAAUAGUCACCACAAUCUCCAUCAACCUUUUCUCUUAUCAGUCUUUUUCAUCAACCUGUAUCAUGUGACUCAGUUAUAUUUAUACUGGACAAAAAUAUAAAUGCAACAUGUAAAGUGUUGGUCUCGUGUUUCAUGAGCUGAAUUAAAAGAUCCCAGAAAUGUUCCAUAAGCACAAAAAGUUUAUUUUUCUCAAAUGUUGUGCACACA